ACAAAAAUCUUCCCAACAAAAAGUACUAUUCAUUUUCCCACUUCUUUUCAAUCACUCAUCACGAGAAAAAAAAUGAUGCAUUAUCAAGCAGAGCGUUCAUGGGAGUACUACAUGCCGGUGUCAGCAUCAGCAUCGAGAGACCCCGUGGACCGAGUAAUCCGGCUAGCGGCGGAGAGCGCGGUGGUGAUAUUCAGUGUGAGCAGCUGCUGCAUGUGCCACGCCCUCAAGAGGCUGCUUUGUGGAAUGGGAGUAAGCCCCACGGUGUACGAGCUGGACCAUGACCCCAGAGGCAAAGACAUUGAAAGAGCUUUGAUGAGGCUGGUUGGAGCCACCUCUCCCCCAGUCCCCGUCGUCUUCAUCGGCGGGAAGCUCGUAGGGUCCAUGGAUAGAGUUAUGGCUUCUCAUAUUAAUGGAACUUUGGUUCCUCUUCUCAAGGAAGCUGGGGCCUUGUGGCUCUAGAUGAUCUUGAUCAUCAUGAUCUUUUGUUUUUUUUUUUUUCAACAUAUAAUUUUUUUUGUCCUUUUUAAUUUUCUAUUUCUCUAACAAAGUUCAAGUUGUUCUUUUUUUUUUUUUUCAA